GCCCUAAAAGAGUUGUUAGCCGGCAUGGAAACGGAAUUGAGUUUGAGAUAUGGCGCAGAGAAUGUUUCGAGUGUUUUUUGGUGGAACACGUUACUUGACUGUUGCGGUUAAUCCGGUAACGAGAAAGUAAAGAAGAGAGACAGACAGGAUAGAGAUUCAGUUGAGACUUGACACUUGACAAACACAACUCAGUUGAGACUAGAGAGAAUGGAUGAAAAGAAGAAGAGGAAGGAGAAGAAGGAGGAGGCGGUGUGCGUGACUGGAGCCAAUGGGUUCUUAGGGUCAUGGUUGGUGAAGACUUUACUGGAAGAGGGCUACACCCGCAUCCACGCCUCCGUCUAUCCUGCCUCCGACUCCUCCCACCUCCUCAACCUCCCUGCUGCCUGUGGCCUCCCUCCUCACGACAUCAAUAUCACCAUCUUCGAGGCCGAUCUCCUCGACGCCGACGCCGUCGCCAGAGCCAUCGAGGACUGCCACGGUGUCUUCCACGUGGCGUCCCCUUGCACCCUCGAGGACCCCACCGACCCCCAGGCUGAGCUAGUGCUGCCCGCCGUCCAGGGCACGCUCAAUGUCCUCCAAGCCGCCUUGCGCUUCGGCGUCAGGCGCGUCGUCCUUACCUCCUCCAUCUCUGCCAUGGUCCCCAACCCCUCUUGGCCCCCCCACAAGCCCUUCGACGAGUCCUCCUGGACUGACCUCGAUUACUGCAAAGCCCGCCAGAAAUGGUAUCCGGUGUCAAAGACACUGGGUGAGAAAGCAGCGUGGGAUUUUGCAGAGAAGCAUGGAUUGGAUGUAGUGGCCAUCCAUCCAGCCACAUGUCUUGGGCCGCUCCUGCAGCCUAGCACUCUCAAUGCAAGCUGUGCUGUGUUGCUCAACUUGCUUCACGGUUCUGACGAUACCCAAGAGUAUCACUGGUUGGGGGCUGUCCAUGUUCAAGACGUUGCCAAGGCACAACUUUUGCUAUUUGAGACUCCUGCCGCUUCUGGCAGGUACCUUUGCACAAAUGGUACCUUCCAAUUUUCACACUUUGCUUCCACGGUCUCCAAACUCUAUCCUCAAUUUCCACUUCACAGGUUUAGUGAGGAAACCCAACCAGGCCUGAAGGAAUGCAAGGAUGCUGCAAAGAGGUUGAUCGAUCUAGGGAUGGUCUUUAAACCAGUUGAAGAUGCCGUCAGGGACACAGUGGAGAGCCUCAAAGCUAAAGGCUUUUUGAAGCAGGAAAUGUUCCCAUCCAAUUAAAAUAGUUGGCAGUAAUAAUGAGUUCAAAUGAAAUGCACCUUUUUAUCAUUGCCUUUUCUUUUGUUGGUUCCAGAAGUGCAUUAUCCUGGGUCGGAAUAUCAUUAUGAUUAUACAUAUAUAUAUAUAUAUAUAUACAUAUUUAAAAGUAAA